AUGUCCUCCUCACCGCAGUCGACAGCGGAGGUCCUCGACGAAAUUGAGCGGCUGGAGCAGAGCAUCACCAGGACUCUGCAGGAGAUCGAUCAAAGCUUCUCGGAUUGUCAAAUCAUUGUAUCGUCCAAGAUACUCCCACAAAUUGAUCGUUAUGCUGAGUCGUCGCGUGAGGUCUGGGAGCAUGCCAGGCGUUGGCUUAGUUUUUUCGAGGCAGCAUCAAUGCCUUCGAUACCUACUGCCGGUCGCAGAGCGCAGGAAGUCCGAGAAGCCAGGAUGAGACAACAGGCUGCCAUGGACUCAUCUCAGGAACAGGCCAAUUCAACAACGCCCGACUACAGUGUUCUUUCGCGCGAAGGAGCCCAUUACGACGAAGGCGAUGAUUCAACUAACCGUCGGCGUAUCGACUCAAUCAACUUGUCCUCUCCAAGGUUCUCGCCCGACUUUUUGAAUAGUCCACUGGGAUCAAUACCCUCGACACCAACACCGUUGCCUAAGGAUCGGAGCCUUUUGUGUCAACAGGUUGAAGCCAACAUCACUCCUCCAGCUGCCAUUCGAUGGCCAGACAUCCAGGAUCAAGCAAACGAGGAAGCGCCAUUGAAAACCACUAAUGCACAGACAACACCAGACCGACCGAGAUAUCAAUUCAACACAAACGAUACAGAUCCAGGAUCCACCACACCUACUAUAACCUUCAAGGACAGACCCAUUUCUAUGCCACACACUACCCAAUCUGAUCCUGUACCGCCAAAGUCUCCAGCUGGCACUUCACAUCGACCACAACAAAGUCCGAGACCUCCGAGAGACAAUCAGAGCGAGGGCUUUGUGGAGUUUGACAUUGAGGAGGACUAUCAGGACGUGAUCACACCACCAUCAACAUUGCACUUCUCGGUCCCGGAGGCCAAGUUGCCCACGACUCCCCGAUCAAUCGUGGCCAAGAGCCUUGUCGACAGGAUCAGGAUGAGGGAUGGACUUGUGAUUCCGCAGCCAAUUUUUAUCAGCGAUGACGAGGAGGAUGAAGCCAUCAUGAGAAAGUAUAUGGGAAACACAGCAGAUGAGUCGGCAAUAGGCGGAUCAAAAAAACGGAGUCGCGAUGGAGAUAUGCUAGACCAGGAGAACGCGGUGGAGGGUUCCUCAAGAGGCUGGGCUUCGUUAAGUGAUCAUCAACGCAACAAGGAGCGCCUGCUAAAGAGUCCGCGCAAGAUGGUCAGCGUUCAGGACUUUUUUUCAACACCAUUCAACGUUCAGGGCCCCGACAACUCCACACGACCUCAGAAAGGACAGGGCACCGAGGGUGAGGAUAGUCAGAGUCCAAGUCGACAGCUCAUAUCGCAAAUCCAAUCACAAACCGAUCCAGCUCAGGAAGAACAUGAGGACCCUCUACUUGCUGCAUUGGUCACACCACCCGAUAUUCGAAAAUCGAUGAUGGAAUAUAAGGCACGGGAAUCACUCAAACCUCAACAACCUGCUACUACACUUACUACAGGCGUAACAUCAAAAUCCCUGCUGUCCAAGGUCUCCGCGCCAUUUAUGUCAAUACCAACAUCCGCACGGUCAACAACGGAGGUCUCAUCUAGAGUAUCAGUAACAUCGGCAGCAUCGACGACACCCCUUGCCGCAAGUGAAUCCCACUUGACAUCCACACCAAUUGGCACAGCAGGCGCCGACAGCUCAACAGCGAGAAAUCCCCGUACCGACAUCGACUCUAUCUUCAUGAAAUCAUUCAACACCGGAUUUGCCUCGUCAUCAAACAGGCGGCAAACAAUGGCAACCCCUGUCGAUCAUUCAAGAAACCUGUUUCGGAGCAGCAUCCUUGGCAGCGGUCAGGGUCAGAGUGGCAGGAAAAGUAUUGGCGCUGGAUUUAAUCAGGCGACGACUCCAACUCUAUUCGACAGUCCAAGGUCUGCGGGGUCAACAAACAGUGGGCUGGGUCUUUCGAAGCACUCAAUUUUGCGGCGGCCCAUGUACCCAACCUCUCCUUCCCCAGCCAGUCGAGCUGCUGCUUCUGCCAUUGCUUCCGCUGCCGCAACCUCGUCCGUAAACAUGUCGCAGGCGACAGGACACCAAGGGAUCGCAAAUUCAAAUCAGACGACUAACAUGGGAGACUUCAUAUUCGGCGCUGGAAGGUCAAGGGCAGGAACACAUAUACUAUCGACACCGGUUGUGAGCACCGCGAGUAUGCUGACACGUAUGCAUGAUACACCAUCUACCACUGCGACUCACCCUGACUCGGACUUUUCCUCGCGUGGAUUCUUGACCCCAUUUGCGAAUCGCAAUCCACCUCCGGCACCAAAAUUAGGUUAUCAUUCUGAUACGAUCAUGACACAGAGCAGUCUGGGACUGAACCAUGACGGAUUUGGUGGGUUCGAAAGUGAGGAUCAGACAAGAAUGACUGCAGCGAGCAACGGGUCUAGUGGUAUUUCGUCUAUGGGACUCGCUGGCGCGGUCUCCCAGCGGAAGGUGGUAUCGACAACUGAAUCCUCAGAGCAAAUAGGGAGCCGUCUCCCUGCCCCUGUUCAUCGGCGGAUAGGGGAAGGAGGAGAUUUUGGAGAUGAUGAAAGCGAGGACGAUGAUGAUGAGGACAUAACAGAGAAUAUCAUGCGAUCACCGUGUCCACCGGGUAGGACUUUUUACGGCUCCAGGACGGAUCUCAAGGUCGUAGCCCAGGCCACUGCAUCAGCACGGAGCAAUGCUGGGUCCAGCAGUGGAUCAAGUCUUUUUAGGCGGCAAUAG